CGUCCUCUGAGAAUCUGCAACUCCUCACCCUGGAGAGAGAACAGAGAGGCGAGAGGAAUUAACUCAAAAGAAAAAAGAAAAAGAGAAAAUUUCUCUUCAACUUCUUUGGUUUCACAUAAUCAAAGUGUCCUUCUGUAAUUUUCGAUCUCUUUUCUAUUGCUCCCUUCAAUUUGAGCUCGAUUCUCGCUGGCCCUCUGAUUCUCCAUUUCUCGGAAAAUGGAUGGGUCAACUCACCGAGGUAGCAGUAGUGUUGAUGUGUUUUUACCAAAUUACAAACUUGGUAAAACUCUUGGAAUUGGUUCCUUUGGUAAGGUGAAAAUCGCAGAGCAUGCAUUGACUGGCCAUAAAGUUGCCAUCAAGAUACUUAAUCGUCGCAAGAUAAAGAACAUGGAGAUGGAAGAAAAAGUAAGGAGAGAAAUCAAAAUUCUGAGAUUGUUUAUGCAUCCUCACAUUAUAAGAUUAUAUGAGGUUAUUGAAACGCCUACUGAUAUAUAUGUUGUGAUGGAGUAUGUGAAGUCUGGAGAGCUCUUUGAUUAUAUUGUGGAGAAGGGUAGGCUACAGGAAGAUGAGGCACGCAAUUUCUUCCAGCAGAUAAUUUCUGGUGUGGAAUACUGCCACAGGAAUAUGGUGGUUCAUAGAGACCUUAAGCCUGAGAAUUUGCUUUUAGAUUCUAAAUGCAAUGUGAAGAUAGCAGAUUUUGGAUUGAGUAAUAUAAUGCGAGAUGGUCAUUUUUUAAAGACAAGUUGCGGAAGCCCAAAUUAUGCUGCCCCAGAGGUAAUCUCAGGGAGAUUGUAUGCUGGGCCUGAAGUGGAUGUAUGGAGCUGUGGGGUUAUUUUGUAUGCUCUUCUGUGUGGUACCCUUCCUUUUGAUGAUGAAAACAUUCCCAACCUCUUUAAAAAAAUCAAGGGUGGAAUAUAUACACUUCCCAGUCAUUUAUCACCUGGUGCUAGAGAUUUGAUCCCAAGGAUGCUUGUGGUUGAUCCAAUGAAGCGAAUGACCAUCCCUGAAAUCCGUCAGCACCCGUGGUUUCAGGCUCGCCUUCCGCGUUAUUUGGCUGUCCCUCCUCCAGAUACAAUGCAACAAGCUAAAAAGUUGAUGGAGUUUUAUGACCGAGGACUGUGCAAACUACUCAUUCAAUUGCAACUGCCCCGGUUUCAGAUUGAUGAAGAAAUUCUCCAAGAAGUGGUCAAGAUGGGAUUCGACAGAAACCAACUGAUUGAAUCUCUUGGCAACAGGAUGCAAAAUGAUGCUACUGUUGCAUACUAUUUGUUAUUGGACAAUCGUUUCCGCGUUUCCAAUGGCUACCUUGGAGCUGAGUUUCAAGAAACAAUGGAUUGCGGUUUCAACCGAAUUCAUCCAAAUGAACCUACUUCUCCAGCUGUUGGGCAUCGUCUUCCAGGAUACAUGGAUUAUCAAGGAACGGGUUUAAAAGCACAGUUCCCGGUUGAUAGGAAAUGGGCUCUUGGACUUCAGUCACGAGCCCACCCUCGUGAAAUAAUGACAGAAGUCCUCAAGGCCUUGCAAGAACUGAAUGUGUGUUGGAAGAAAAUUGGUCACUAUAAUAUGAAGUGCAGGUGGAUUCCAGGCAUUCCUGGUCAUCAUGAAGGCAUGGUUAAUGACUCUGUGCAUAAUAAUAAUUUCUUUGGGGAUGAAUCAACUAUUAUCGAGAACGAUGGAGUCAUUAAGUCACCAAAUGUGGUGAAGUUUGAAGUGCAGCUCUACAAAACUCGUGAGGAGAAAUACCUGCUCGACCUACAAAGGGUACAAGGGCCCCAAUUUCUCUUCUUAGAUCUUUGUGCAGCGUUUCUUGCACAACUCCGAGUCCUUUAGAAUCAGAAAGGGUAGACUUUCAAGAAGAUCUCUGUCCACAGACCUUUUGUUAUGCCUGUGAAUAAGGAAUCACGGUGUAAAUAACUCGUCGUUACUCUUUAUGUUUAGUGCUUUUUAAUUAUUCCCGCAAUUUUAUAUGGGUAAUUGUGGUGUAAAAGCCGACAUCCAACACAGAAGUUGGCUAAAUUACCAUUAAUCUGUUUUCUCUCACUAGGAUUUUCCUUAAUAUUAUUAACCUCAAAGGGAAUUUUAUAAUUUCUAAGACAGGAUUAAUGCUGCUUUUCAACAGAUGUGCAAUUGUUUUUCUCA